UCGGUCAUAGAUGUUUCUCCACCUCUACCGCGCAAAAGAAAACAAAUUCGCAGCAAAUUACGAGGAUAUAGAAUUAAAGACGAUAAAAUGGACACUGUGAGGGAACUGGUUCAAUUCAUGCAGCCCAAUCAACGACUGGACUUGAAGGCAGUGGCUUUAACCCAUGUUUUAGGUUUAACUGGUAGUUCGGAGGGAAAAUCGGCAAUACUUUCGCUGGACGAAAUGCUAAUGGCCAUAUUUGGACUAACUUACGAUGAAAAUCAAACCGUUGCCAAAGAUGCGGUUUUAAGUUUAAUUAAUUUAACGGCAGAGGAGGAGGCAGCUAUUAAAGUUUUUCAACUGGCAAAACAAGUGCAGCCCACAUUUGCUAUCGUAGAAGUGGCCGCCAAGCACGUAACCGACGAGCAAUCCGAUCUGGCCGAUCCCUGGAGCAUGGUGCUGAGUAACCUAACGCGCGUGGAGUCGCUGGUUCACGAGAUCCUGGGCACGCUGGAAAAAGACGAGCAGACACUGCCUCGACUGGCCAAGGCCUUCGCCCAACUGGACUACAAUAAGAAGAAGGCGAAGCUCCACUAUUUGGCGCCCAUCUUUUGCAAUCUGACCCAAGUGCAACGGGGCAGGGAGCUGUGCUGCCACAGGAAGUACCAGCUGCUGGAGAAGCUGCUGCCAUUCGCCUCCUUCGAGGGCAGCGUGGUGCGCCGUGGCGGCACCAUUGGCAUCCUGAAGAACGUCUGCUUCGAUGUGGUCUACCACGAUGUGAUCCUCGACGAACAGGGCAGCAUACUGGUGGCCAUUCUGCAGCCUCUCUGCGGACCAGAGGAGUUCAGCGACGAAGACAACGACCUGCUGCCCAUCGAGCUGCAGUACCUACCCGAGAGCAAGACGCGCGAAGAGGAUCCGGAUCUGCGGAAAAUGCUGCUAGAGUGCCUGCUGCAAUUAUGCUCCACCCGUCGCAGCCGUGAGAUACUGCGUUCCAAGGGUGUCUACGAGAUCCUGCGCGAGUACCACAAGUGGGAGGCCAAGGUGGCCAAGGACAGUGACUGUCUGCUGGCCUGCGAAAACGUGGUGGACAUCCUGAUCAAAAAAGAGGAGGAAAUUGGUCUGGACAACUACAAGACCGAAGUCGAAGUGCCCUCUGAGCAGGCUGAAAAAUUCGUGCAAGAGGAUGCCGCCUAUGUGAAGACCUUGCUGGAUUAACCAAGCCACCACUUGUGUUUGUAAAUAUGUGUAGUGUUAGUUAAACUCAUAGAUGAUAUCGAA